CAGAAAGAGUCACAGAAAGAAAAAAAAUUAAAGAUGCAAACGACAAUAAUAGUGUAAAACCCCACAACUUUAAAAAUACACAAACACUCCCUACGCAUAUGCAUUAAACCAUCUUAUUUUUAGAAGAUAAUUGUGGUUACAGUGUUUCCCUGCGUCGUGAAAGUAAUUUGAACAGUUCUCUAUUUAUAAAGUUCUCUAUUUGUACGGUAUUUGUAAAGUUGAUGGCACACAUAAUCGUUAUCAUUGCUGGUCCCUUUUUGCUGUUCCUCAUUUCUGCUAUUGUUUGGGUGCCAUCUGGUCUGCUGGCAGGUGAAAUCGAAAAUCAUUAUGGGGAAUCGUGGAAAGAGGAACUGAGAUCAACAAAAAUCGCUGUCACGAGGCUGUUUGACUUUUUUUUUUUUAAGAUAUCAGUUAAAGGUACCUACUGAACAUUCAGAUGUGCUGCUCUUCUAAAAACGGUUGUUCUGUUUAAAAUUAUACUUGAAAAUCUCUAGACUAUUUGAAUUUGAGACAUUCUAUAAGCACUCACAGAAUGAGAGGAAUCGUUACAUUUUACCUGACCUAUCUGCUGUGCCUGAUGUUGGGGAUCACCUGUGUGGCAUUAGUAGCUUACUGGAAUUACAGCUAUAGAGGUGGAUUUGCAUGGGACGGCUCAAUCAAGCAGUUUAACUGGCACCCAGUCUUCAUGGUCAUUGGCAUGGUGGUGCUUUAUGGGAAUGCUGCUAUAGUGUACCGUAUUCCUCUGACGUGGGGUCACAAUAAGCUCCCAUGGAAGCUGUUACAUGCUGGGCUUCUGCUCCUUUCUUUUGUUCUGUCUGUUAUCGGGCUUUGUGCAGUGUUCGAAUACCACAAUGCAAACCACACAGCCAAUCUCUAUUCCCUCCACAGCUGGGUGGGGAUUUGUACCACUGCACUUUUUGCUGCACAGUGGGUCAUGGGUUUUACCGCGUUUCUCUUACCUUGUACUCCAAUGACGGCUCGUGCUCUUGUAAAGCCGGCUCAUGUUUGGAUGGGAGGAAUCAUCUUGGUACUAGGCAUUGUGUCCUGCAUCUCGGGGAUCAACGAAAAACUAUUUUUUGCACUAAAAGGAAUCACCAAUGGGACGCUGCCUUACUCUGCAUUACCACCAGAGGCAAUAACUGCAAAUGCAUUGGGAGUCAUCAUUGUUGCAUUUGGAUUGGUUGUUUUGAAAAUCUUAUCCAAUCAGACAUGGCAGCGUCCUGAACCAGGCUAUGAAGAGGGAGUUUAUCAGCCACUGGGGUAUGAUGGAAGCUGAUGUGCUAAAGCUGAAAUGGCUGAAAGCUAAAUAUUAUGUCUAUUCUGACUGAUCUGCACUCUUCAAUGGAAUCAAAGUCCCCCGAUGUAACAACAGUUCGUCUUUCCUGCUCCUAAUUACGUUAUACAGAGCGAUGCAAAUUUUCUCUUUAUUAUAUGUUUUAUGUUUGAUUUGAUUGCGCUGCUGUUGUUGUUGUAAAGCAUAAGACAAAUUAUCGAGUGUAAAAAUCACUGCUUGACUGUCGGUGGUUUGUGCUUAUUUAUUAUUUGAGAAGACUUCUAUAAUAAAUGAUUAAAAUAAUUUCAUUAAACAA